UCUGCUUCCAUUCAUGGCCACCACUCCACUAUAAAACUCAGUCUCCACCGGCCGCCACUAAGAGCUCACACCUCCUCGUCUCACCAUCUUCUCCGAUUAGUUCAUGGAGGCUCAAGAUCCCUCUUCAGCAGCAGCAGCUCCCCUGGACCUGUCUCUCACGCUGGCCCCCAUGUCACCUUGGGAUAAUCAUCAUUCUCGCGGUGGCGGCCGCCGCCGCGGUGGUGGCGGCAAGAGAUCGAGGCUCUUCUCUUGCCUAUUCUGCGAGAGGAAGUUCUUCAAGUCGCAGGCGCUAGGAGGCCACCAGAACGCGCACCGGAAGGAGCGGGUCAUUGGCAGCUGGAACGCCCACCUGUACCUCCCUGACCAUCAUGGUGACGCCGUGCAAACCACUGCAACCGCGCGCCUUGAUGACAACGACGACCACAAGCUUCAGGAGCUUGAUCUUAACCUCAAGCUUUGAUUAGCUCUAGCUCGUGUGUACGUGUUAUGACCGGCAUAGGGGCUUAGCCCAGUGGGUUAUGGCCCAAGUAUCUUAAUUAGGGGCUUAGCCCAAUUAUCU